CGACGACGACGGGAUUGGUAAUGCCCAUGUGAGCCGCCUUUGUAAAAACCCAAGUAUCACACAUUUGCCAACUGAGCGUAGCGGGACAAGAACUUUAUCUGUGGUCAUUUGACUAUACAGAAGAUCCUGUUGAGUAGGGCAGUGAGCGGACUUGUCAUUGUUUACGAAGACAAUUUUGAGAAAGGCUGUUGUCGGCAAAGUACCUGUGCGGUGAACACUUUGCUCAAACUCAACCCUGGGGGAUAUAACUGGCCGAAUAUCUCAGUAUCAAGCUUCGCGAUCGCUGGGACAUUAUCAUCGAAUAGCAGCUGAGCCUUUCCCGUGGGUGCUGGAGGGAUCACGGAGGAGGAGAAAAAGCGGGCACAAUGGACUAUGAUGAGUUCGACUACACAGAUACAGUGGAAGAAAACGACGAGCCAUCAUUUGGACUCUCCAUGCCAAAGGAAGUGACAGUGCAAGAUGUCCAGGUCGGAAAAGUGGACAUACAGGGGAUAGACUGGUCCCAGCUUCCGAUUCCACGGGACAAAUUUCGCGAGUCGCGAGUGAGGAAUUAUGGAAACUACAAGAACAUGUCCAUAGCUCAAGACGCAAUCUUGGAUGAGAUGUUGACGGUUCGGCGCGACGGAUCGUACUAUGGGUUUCGGCAUGCGCAAUUGCACAGCAAAUGUCAUAUCGUGCACUUUCAACUACGAAAUCUCCUAUGGGCUACGAGCAAAAAUGAUGUCUUUUACACGAAUCGGCAUGGCGUUUGCCAUUGGUGCCCAGUCUCGAAAACGACACGGAUGGCACUGGAUCUUAAGAAGCAUGAUAUGGGCGGCAUGAAAGUCAGCUCCAUGGUUGCGAAAGAGGGAUUGCUUAUGGUGGGAGGGUUCAGCGGGGAAUAUAUCUGUCGACGAUUGGACUCUCGGGCAACGAUUUGGAAAGGAUGCGUGACAACGGAUCCAAAUGGCAUUACGAACCAUAUGGAUAUUUUUGAAUCGCGAAGUGGAGCCAAGCAAGCCAUUAUAUCCAGCAAUGACGAGCGCACUCGGAUCAUGGAUGCAAAGACGAUGCAGGUUCAAAAGACUUUGACGUUUAAAUGGCCCAUCAAUUGCACAACAUUGAGCCCGGACCGGCGAAUGCUUUGUGUUGUGGGAGACAAUCCUAAUACCCUGAUUGUCGAUUCUGAAGCAGGAGAACACUUGGCAACGUUAAAAGGCCACAUCGACUAUUCCUUUGCUUGCGCCUGGUCGCCCUGUGGGCGGCUAGUCGCUACAGGAAAUCAAGACAUGACAACACGCAUUUACGACACACGCAAUCUGUCCCAUACACUCGCUGUCCUUCCCGCAAUAAUGGGCGCCGUCCGAUCCAUCCGAUUUUCUGAUGAUGGACGGCACAUGGUAUUCGCAGAACCCGCGGACUUUGUACACAUUGUGGACCUCACCAGCGCACCCACCGAAAUCAUACGAGGUCCAUAUGGGUCCAUCAUGUCCCCCGACAGUGCAUACCGAACCCAAGUGGUAGAUUUCUUUGGAGAAAUUGCUGGAGUGAGUUUUACACCAGGUGGAAGUGGGGACGGGGCUGAUGGUCUGUUUGUGGGUAUAGCAGACCCAAAGUAUGGGUCCAUAAUUGAAAUGGAGCGGGAUCAGUACAGUAGCAAAUCGUUUUGGACUGGCGCAAGUGCGUGUGUGCAGGAUGUCUUUGUAUGACAUAUUGUACAUGUGGUGGACUCCAAAGUCCGUAGCAGCGUGGUCUGCCCAGCUUCUGGCCAGACAGAAUUACCCGUUUUCUUCUUGUAUAUAGUUGCAUUCAUACCGCACAUAUAUGGCAAUCCAAACUUGACUAUCGGCAGUGAAUUAGGGUCUGCAAAUUAUUUUACAUGGGUGUGUGCAGUAUUGUAGGUUGAUGGUAUUCAUAAAACACUCUUACACACAGUAAAUUUCUAAUCUUUGCGCUUUUAUGCUCCAAUACACGCCAACAAGGC